GGCUGUACACCUGCACAGCACAGGGCAUUUGGAAGAAUGAACAGAAGGGAGAGAAGAUUCCUCGGUGCUUGCCAGUGUGUGGGAAGCCCGUGCACCCCGUGGAACAGAGGCAGCGCAUCAUCGGAGGGCAAAAAGCCAAGAUGGGCAACUUCCCCUGGCAGGUGUUCACCAACAUCCAUGGGCGCGGGGGCGGAGCCCUGCUGGGGGACCGUUGGAUCCUCACGGCUGCCCACACCCUGUAUCCCAAGGAACACGAGGCGCAAAGCAACGCCUCCUUGGAUGUGUUCCUGGGCCACACAAAUGUGGAAGAGCUCAUGAAGCUGGCAAAUCACCCCAUCCGCAGGGUCAGCAUCCACCCGGACUACCGUCAGGAUGAGUCCCACAAUUUUGAGGGGGACAUCGCCCUGCUGGAGCUGGAAAAUAGUGUCACCCUGGGUCCCAACCUCCUCCCCAUCUGCCUCCCUGACAACGAGACCUUCUAUGACCUGGGCUUAAUGGGCUAUGUCAGUGGCUUUGGGGUCAUGGAGGAGAAGAUUGCUCAUGACCUCAGGUUUGUCCGUCUGCCCGUAGCUAAUCGAGGGGACUGUGAGACCUGGCUCCGGGGAAAGAACAGGAUGGAUGUGUUCUCUCAAAACAUGUUCUGUGCUGGGCACCCGUCUCUAAAGCAGGAUGCCUGCCAGGGGGAUAGUGGGGGCGUUUUUGCAGUAAGGGACCCCAACACUGAUCGCUGGGUGGCAACGGGCAUCGUGUCCUGGGGCAUCGGGUGCAGCAAGGGCUAUGGCUUCUACACCAAAGUGCUCAACUACGUGGAUUGGAUCAAGAAAGAGAUGGAGGAAGAGGACUGAGCCCAGAAUUCGCUAGGUCCAAAUCCAGAGAGCAGUGCGGAAAAAAAAAAAAAAAAAAAACUGACCAGUUGUUGAUAACCACUAAGAGUCUCUAUUAAAAUCACUGAUGCAGACAGUGUGGAAAUUCUCUUUCCUAUAGUCCCAUUGACAUACUUUACCUGAAACAACCCAAAGAGGCCCUUUCUUUCUUCCGAGGAUUGCAGAGGAUGUAGUUAUCAAUCUCUAGCUGUCACUUUCCUUUUCCACUUUUAUACCAUUGGGUCACUGAAUAUAACUUUUUCCAAAUAAAAUUUCAUGAGAAAUGCCAGCGUGCAAAA